AUGAAGCCUGCGAGGGCUAAGACACCUAGGAAACCUCUUGUGAAAAAGGGAUCCCAGACGAACCUUAAAGACCCAGUUGGGGUGUACUGCAGGGUGCGCCCGCUGAGCUUUCCCGACCAGGAGGGUUGCAUAGAAGUGAUCAAUAACACGACUGUUCAGCUUCACACGCCGGAGGGUUACAGACUCAACAGAAAUGGAGACUACAAGGAGACUCAGUAUUCAUUUAAGCAAGUAUUCGGCACUCAUACCACUCAGAAGGAGCUCUUCAAUGUUGUGGCCUGUCCUCUGGUGGAUGACCUCAUUCAUGGCAAAAAUGGUCUGCUUUUUACAUACGGUGUGACAGGAAGUGGAAAGACCCACACGAUGACCGGCUCCCCAGGGGAAGGAGGGCUACUCCCUCGCUGCCUGGACAUGAUCUUCAACAGCAUAGGGUCAUUCCAAGCUAAGCGAUAUGUUUUUAAGUCCAAUGACAGGAACAGCAUGGAUAUACAGUGUGAGGUUGAUGCCUUACUGGAGCGUCAGAAAAGAGAAGCCGUGCCCAACCCGAAGACCCCCUCUGGCAAGCGACAAGUAGAUCCAGAGUUUGCAGACAUGAUAACUGUCCGAGAAUUCUGCAAAGCAGAAGAAGUCGAUGAAGAUAGUGUUUAUGGCGUAUUUGUCUCUUACAUUGAAAUAUAUAAUAAUUACAUAUAUGACCUGUUGGAAGAGGUGCCAUUUGAUCCCACAAAACCCAAACUUCCACAGUCUAAAAUGCUUCGUGAAGAUAAGAACCACAACAUGUAUGUUGCAGGAUGUACAGAGGUGGAGGUGAAGUCUACUGAAGAGGCGUUUGAGGUUUUCUGGAGAGGCCAGAAAAAGAGGCGGAUUGCUAACACCCACCUGAACCGUGAGUCCAGUCGUUCGCACAGUGUGUUCAACAUUAGGUUAGUGCAGGCUCCGCUGGAUGCAGAUGGAGACAAUGUCUUACAGGAGAAAGAACAAAUCGUCAUAAGCCAGUUAUCCUUAGUGGAUCUUGCUGGAAGUGAAAGAACUAACCGGACCAAAGCAGAAGGGAACCGAUUGCGUGAAGCUGGUAACAUAAAUCAGUCACUGAUGACGCUGAGAACCUGCAUGGAAGUCCUGAGAGAGAACCAAAUGUAUGGAACGAACAAAAUGGUCCCAUAUCGAGAUUCCAAGUUAACACAUCUGUUCAAGAAUUACUUCGAUGGGGAAGGGAAAGUGCGAAUGAUCGUGUGUGUGAAUCCAAAGGCUGAAGAUUAUGAAGAGAGCUUGCAAGUCAUGAGGUUUGCAGAAGUGACCCAAGAAGUAGAAGUGGCGAGGCCAGUAGACAAGGCAAUCUGUGGACUAACACCUGGGAGGCGAUUCAGAAACCACGUGCGAGGAGGCCCGGUUGGGGAUGAACCCCCUGUCACCAACGUGGUCUUACAGAGUUUCCCACCUUUGCCGUCGUGUGAGAUUUUGGACAUCAAUGAUGAGCAGACCCUGCCAAGGCUGAUCGAGGCCCUGGAGAAGCGCCAUCAUCUUCGGCAAAUGAUGAUCGAUGAGUUUCACAAGCAAGCCAAUUCUUUUAAAGCCUUGUUACAAGAGUGUAGCACUGCUGUCUUAAAUAAAGAAAACUACAUUCAUGGGAAACUGAACGACCAAGAGAAGGUGAUCUCGGGACAGAAACUGGAGAUAGAACGACUAGAGAAGAAGAACAAAACUUUAGAGUAUAAGAUUGAGAUUUUGGAGAAGACGACUACUAUCUACGAAGAGGACAAGCGCAAUCUGCAGCAGGAGCUCGAGACGCAGAAUCAGAAGCUCCAGCGACAAUUCUCUGACAAGCGCAGGCUGGAAGCUCGGCUGCAAGGCAUGGUGACAGAGACGUCGAUGAAAUGGCAGAAAGAAUGUGAGCGCCGAGUGGCAGCCACACAGCUGGAGAUGCAGAAUAAACUCUGGGUCAAAGAUGAAAAACUGAAGCAGCUGAAGGCCAUUGUCACUGAACCCAAAACUGAGAGGCCGGAAAGGCCGUCACGAGAGCGUGACCGAGAAAAAGUUAUCCCCAGAUCCGCUUCUCCCCCUCCGGUGCCGCUUUCUGGUAACUCUAUUGCUCAGAUCCCCAACGGCCAGCAACUCAUGAGCCAGCCACAACUCCAUAGGCGCUCUAACUCUUGCAGCAGCAUUUCUGUAGCUUCCUGUAUUUCGGAAUGGGAGCAGAAAAUUCCUCCGUACAACACUCCUCUCAGUGUCACAUCCAUUGCAAGGCGUAGGCAGCGGGAGCCAGGACAAAGUAAAACUUGUAUCGUGUCAGACAGAAGGCGAGGGAUGUGCUGGACCGAAGGCAGGGAGGUGGUUCCGACAUUCAGGAACGAGCUAGACGUAGAAGAGGAUCCUUGCUUCAGGAACGCACCACCAAUUCGUCUCCGACACAGACGGUCACGCUCUGCGGGAGACAGAUGGGUAGAUCAUAAGCCCGCCUCUAACGUGCAAACUGAAACAGUCAUGCAGCCACAUGUCCCUCAUGCCAUCACAGUAGCCGUUCCAAACGAAAAGGCACUAGCUAAGUGUGAGAAGUACAUGCUGACCCACCAGGAACUAGCCUCCGAUGGGGAGAUUGAAACUAAACUAAUUAAGGGUGAUGUUUUUAAGACAAGAGGUGGUGGACAAUCUGUUCAGUUCACCGAGAUUGAGACUUUAAAACAGGAGUCACCAAGUGGUAGUCGGAAACGAAGAUCAUCCACAGUAGCACCUGCCCAGCCAGAUGGCACAGAGUCUGAAUGGACCGAUGUAGAGACAAGGUGUUCCGUGGCUGUGGAGAUGAGAGCGGGAUCGCAGCUGGGCCCUGGCUACCAGCAUCAUGCACAGCCCAAACGCAAGAAGCCAUGAACUGCGACAGCCCUGGGACAAGCAGAACAUCCGGUGCUGGCGACUCUCCCAAGCCGCGCUGAGCAGCCUGCUGGCUCCUCCGGCCUCGGGGGACAGCACAGACCUCAGCUGUGACAGACACUGGCCUCUGGCGGAGCUUCGCCCACGAUCCCAAAGAUACACAGCAGGCUGCCCACCUGUAGUACGCGUGUUAUGUGCCUUGUCGUAUUUAAUACUCAUAGCAAAGGAAGACCCUGCCCCACUGCUGAUGGACUUUAUAAUGCAAGUCUUUGUAUAUUGUGUUUUUAUAACUAAUCCCACAAGUACUUGUCUUGGUAUAAUUAAGGAAGAGUAAUAUCUAGAUCCGACUUUUUUUUUAUGGUGACUUCUCCAGUUCUGGUCUGAGUAUUUCUUGGGUUUUAUAAAUGAAACAAAUGCUGCUAUUAAUUAGCUGCAAGAGUGCACUUUAGACAUAUCUGACUUUUGAAAUAAAGAUGCCAGUGACUGGUCCAUAAUAAAA